UUGCAGAAACAAUGCGUUCUAUCAAUAAAAUGUGUGUUUCGGUCGCCGCAAAAAGUUAAGGUGCGCGAAAAUAUGAAGUGACUAUUGUGAAGUGAUGGUGAAUGGUUUGUCUUUAGUUAAGGCUCACUGGAGCUUUUCUGCAUAGACUGAUGCUAUUUUGACGUCUUUCUAAAUACAAUACAACAUGCCAGGUUCAAAUACAAUUAGAGUUGAAGAGUUUAUUAAUGAAACCAAAGAUGACUACAAUUCGCCAAUUACAUCCAAUUUCGUAUCGAAGAUGCAUCAAUGUCGAAAUACGAUCACUUCAAUGGAAGAGACCCUCGACUACGAUCGGGAUGGGCUGACGAAAAUGAAAAAGGCCAUCAAGGCUAUUCACACAUCAGGAAACACCCAUGUGGAUAACGAGGCGUAUUUAGCCAAGGCCCUCGAGAAAAUCGGCCAGAACGCCCACAGCAAGGAGCCGGAGGACACGAUAGGGAACGCGUUCAAGAAAUUCGCCGUCGUCACGUCCGAACUGUCGGCACUGAUGAAGACGCUGAUGCAGAACCUCAACAACAUCGUCAUGUUCCCGCUGGACAAUCUGUUGAAGGGCGACCUCAGGGGCAUGAAGGGCGACCUGAAGCGGCCCUUCGACAAGGCGUGGAAGGACUACGAGAGCAAGUACUCGAAGAUCGAGAAGGAGAAGAAGCAGCAGGCCAAAGAGGCGGGCAUGAUCAGGAACGAGAUCACGUCCGGCGAGAUCGCCGACGAGAUGGAGAAGGAACGGAGGCUGUUCCAGCUGCAGAUGUGCGAGUAUUUAAUUAAAUAUAACGAGAUAAAAACGAAGAAAGGGAUAGAUCUGCUCCAAAACUUAGUUGAAUUUUACCACGCUCAAACCAAUUAUUUUCAAGACGGUUUAAAAACGAUAGAACAUUUCGGUAAUUACGUAGCUGAUUUAAGUGUAAAACUGCAGAAGAUUAGACAAACUCAAGACGAGGAAAAGCGGAAAUUGACUGACUUGAGGAAUUUAAUAAAAUUAACGCCGAGUAUUGAGAAAGAGCAAAUACUGGACUGUAUUUCUUUUAAGGUUGGCCCUUCAAGCGACAAGGGUGCCGCAGGUUACUCCUUGCAUCAGUUGCAAGGCGACAAGAACCACGGCGUGACGAAGACGGGACACUUGCUCAAGAAGUCGGAGGGCAAGAUGCGUAGGGUGUGGCAAAAGAGGAAGUGUCGGGUGCAGGCGGACGGCUAUUUGGACAUAUGCCACGCCGAUGAGUCCAAGCCGCCAACCAGGGUGAAUCUGCUCACCUGUCAAAUUAAAAUUGUACCUGACGACAAACGCGGCUUCGACUUGAUUUCAUACAAUAGAACGUACCAUUUUCAAGCGGAAGAUGAGGCGGACCAGAGGGCUUGGAUGUCAGUAUUAAUUAAUUGUAAGGAUAUGGCUCUAAUGAAGGCGUUCGACGACAGCAGCAAAACCGGAGGCGACAAAGUUAACCACAGCUUCAUAGAACUGCAACAAGCUAUUAUUAAAUACAUCCAGAAAAUACCCGGCAACGACCGAUGUUGCGACUGUAACUCGCAAAACGAUGCGACAUGGCUGUCGACAAACUUCGGUAUAAUAGUGUGCAUAGAGUGUUCGGGCAUCCACAGGGACUUGGGCGUCCACAUAUCCAGGAUACAGUCCCUAACGCUGGACAACGUCGGUACUAGUCAAUUGUUGCUCGCCAGAUUCAUGACCAACAAUAUGUUUAACGAAGUAAUGGAAGCCCAGCUGCCCCACAACGAAAAAUUGGGACCCACCAGCACGAUGGAGGAGCGGCUCAAUUUUAUCCGGGUUAAAUAUUUGGAGAAGCGAUUUGUGUUGCGGACAUGCGAUUCGGAAAUGGAAAAGAUGUACGAACUGGAGACGGCCGUCAAUCGCGGCGAAAUAUCUAGCCUCUUACAGGUGUUUGCUGAAAAUGUUGACUUAAGCCAAACGUUACCAACUUCCAAAUACGGUGAAACGGCUCUACACAGAGCGAUAUUGAACGAGGUGUCGAAGAGGAACCUGCACGAGACCCUGCACAUCGUCGACUUCCUGAUACAGAACAUGUCGACGUCGGCGAUCGACAAGCAAACGCAUCCUCCCACGAGUACGUCGGAGAUACCCGGUUCCAACACGGCCCUACAUCUGUGCGCCAUGUACGACUCCGUGGAGUGCAUGAAACUGUUGCUCAGGAGCGGGGCGGACGCCAACAUCAGGAACUCCCAGAACAAAACUGCCAAGGAGAUUGCCGAGGAAAAGGGCCACACUACUUGUGUGGAACUGUUGCAAAAUGCUGCAAACCGGUUAAAGAACUUAUUCGACAACAUCACCAUUGAGUGGAAUCUUUCGCACGAUGACGGUUCAACGGACUUUUCUGACGACGACACUAUAAUUGAGGAUAGGUAUUGGUUUCAGAAUGGAUCUCUGACCCCCGAAAAGAAAAACCGAUCUAGACCUCCCAGUUAUACAGGUGGGGAAUCUCCUAUAAUUAUAAGAUCACGGUCAUCUACUUGCGAUAGCUUACAAUUAGGAAAUAGUAUUAAUAGACAAAUGCCACCACCAGCCCCACAAUCUAGAAAACCAGCAGCAUUUACAGCCAAUGUGCACGGAAGUUUGAAAAAGCGCGUGGCACCCCUACCACCCCCGACCGGUUCGAUAUAUGGUACACUGCCGAGCAGCCAUAGUCGGACGCCCUCAGAUCCAAUGGCAACGGGGUACCACACACUAAAUUAUACGCAUAAACGUUCACCAAGUUCUGAUUCAAGCUCAGGCAGAUCUGUGAUACAAACAGUAAAUAAACUAGUCAUGCCCGAAUGUAAGAAUUCGGACAAGUUGGGUCUCGUGAGGAGGCCGCAGAAUCCACCGCCGCCCGCACCAAAUCCGGGUUCGAGUCGACUGUCGAACGGCAGGUCGAACGAAAGUAUAUCAUCCAUGACCUCCGAUAUUGAGAUGUCCGGCGUAAUGCACAAUCCAAUGCCGCCGCCCCGAAGGAGGAGAAUGAGGUGUCGUUUGGAUAGUUAUACAGGGGGGCAGCAUUAUGAUGAUAUUUAUUUCCUGGCAUCCGAUUCACCACCAAACAGAAUUUCAUCUAGUCCGAUAUCGUUGUGUUCGCCGCGUUCAAUGCCCAGCGGCAGGUUCACGUGCACGCCCAACGGCGCCGGCGGUCCGCGACGCUGCAAGGCGCUGUACGAUUGCAACGCGGACAACGACGACGAGCUGUCGUUCAGAGAAGGCGAAAUCAUAAUAGUGACGAACGAGCACACGGAAGACGACAACUGGAUGGAGGGCGUCGUGGAGAACGAGCCCCACAGGGCGGGCAUGUUUCCCAUCAGCUUUGUCCACAUGUUAUCCGAUAAUAAUUGAAUGUGUCGUCGUAUUGAAUGUAAAGUAUUAAAAUCUAUUUUUGUGUAUAUGGUUUCCAGAACCAACUGAUAUAUUAUGUAUAUUCAGAAUCUUUUUAUAUAUACACAAUCAGCUUAUGCAUCUAUCUAAUAAUGACAUCUAGGUGAGUUAGAUUACGUACGUGUAUGUUAGCAGUUUUGGAGAGCAUAACAUAUUACAAGAUGAUUUUUCAAUGGGUGAUGUAUUGUGGAUUAUUACACAAUAGUUUUGUUGAUAUAGUCGCCCCGUCAAAAUAUUAUUUACACACUAAGCUUCCCCUUAACUAUUGAAAGAUGUUGCCCUAACGCACUCACUAAUAAACCCGCAAAAUGCAAUCACUGUUUCUGUGUAAUACGAUCGAUGUUGUUCAUAGAAGUAGCAUUUGUUGAACAAAUAGCUAACCCAAUGUAAAUUAUUAAGUUUUGAACGUACAGGCUGAAUUUAUUCUCUAGAUUCUAUAGCUUUUAUCAUAAAAGCUACAUCUAUUUGUUUAUUUUAUACGGGAACGUGUCAAUGAUUCCGUUCGUUUACAAAAACAACGUUGUUAUUUGAUGCGUGUUGUACAUGGUAUAAAAUAGACGUGAUUACAAUUCGAUCUGUAUAGGAUAUUGAUUUAAUAAUUGCGCUAGUUUUAUUAUUAAUAAGCUCAAAUCCUUGCAAAAUGUGUAGACUUUAGAAACAAUAUAUUUUUAUUAAUAUAUAUUUUAAAAACAUGGGACAUCCGUAUCCGUAUCACCACAUCCACGUGAGUGAAAAUUAACUUUAGAAUGUAAACGUAUUCGUUUAUUUGCGUAUAGUAACCGUUUAGACAUUUAGAAAAUUUAAUGUUUUAUAUUAUAUGCAAUAAUGGCCAAAUAUAAAGAAUGAAUCGAGGAAAUUCAUGUUGGCUGCCAUUUAUUAAUCCUACAAUAAAUCAUAUGUGGAUCGUAGUAUUUUAUUGUUUUGCUUUUCUUGAUCUUUGGCCACUAAUGUAAAAUGUGUACACAUGAAAAUAAAAAGGUCUAGACUAAAUAAUAUUUUGACAGGGUUUAUGUAAGGUAAACAUAUUUAUUAAUAUAAAUUAUAAAUUACAUGUUAUAGUAGUCAAAGUUACCAUUAUUUUCUUAUAUGUGUACUUACUUUUUUUAUUAUAAAAUUGUAUUUUAACAAGCAUAUCUUUGUAUAUAACUUCUGUUGUAUUACUCAUUUAAUUUAUUAAAUAUUACAUGUAAAAUUAAGUAGUUUUUCUUUGUUAAUUUGUUUUCUAAAUUUGAUUUAUACGAAAAGACUUAAUUCGAGGAAAUAAAUUAUUUAUUUUU